AACAACUAACAGCUAAUUGUUGUAGGCAUUUUGUAUAGAUGGAUAUAUGAUUUUGUAUCCGUAUAUGAUACAAUCAUCCUCGAAUACAAACAUGGGCGAAACAAAAUCUACAAUAAAAUGGAUUUGAUCCGUCUAAAUAGAGAAAAUGAUGUGUAGGGAGUACGCAUCAAUUGGUAGCUAAAAUGGAAUGUAGCAAGAAAAUAGCAAAAAUAAAAGUUCCUGGGCGAGGGAGGAUACCCUUAACAAAUUCGUUAAGCAUCAAAACUGAAAGCAAAACCAACAGAAAAUAACAUCACCAUAUUAUGUCCAUAUAUAGGACGAAUGAUACACUAUUAAUCCACAGAAAAUAAGUAAAGAUGCCCGUUUCCUUACAGCUCGAUCAGAUCCAAGCUAGAGCACGAAUGCACGAUUGCCAAUACAUAGUGUGAUUAUCGUGUUCUUUAUUUGUAGUUUACGAGCUACUUCCUCCGUAUUUUAAUAUGAGUUGAAUGAAACACAAGUAAUGUCUCUCGAUUAUGGGCAUAUUGAGGGAGGGUUCCCCUUAUAAUUUCUCCCAUUUGUAAAGUAUCUAGCCUGCUAAUAUGUGGGAGUAUUCUCCCACAUGGAAGAAAAUAUACUCAUGUGCUUCAUACAUUGAAUAUGUGGUGACUUGAGUUAUUGGGUCAAUAGGGGCUUUGGGUUUGGUGUGAUAGUAUUGAGAUGGUAAUAUGACUAUAUAUUAUUAAUCAAGACUUAGCACGUGGCACGUGCACGGCUCAUUUAAGGAUGUAAUUAACGUUAAUCUUUAAUUAAAAUAUUAAUUAUUUAUUUGUUUUAAUAGGAUAAUAUCAUAGGUGGUUAUUUUGGUAACUGCCUAUUAUUUUCCAUAUUUCUCACGAUGUCAGUUUUCUUCCAAAAGACAUGUUCAUGGGAAUUGUAGAGUUUGUUGUAUUUCAUUCGUGAUUAUUGAAUCCUAUGGUAGAUUAGCUUUGAAUCCCAUCAGCAAUAUAGUGAGGGCUAAUAUUAUCCUAAGGACAUAGAUUAUUUCGUCCUAAUCUAGUUUUUGUAUUUACGUUUUUCAUAAUUCAAAGUAUAGGUUAUAAUAGGUUGACUCGUACGAAGUUCCGACCCAUUAGGACACUUCAUCUUACCUUCAACAAAAAAAAAAAGAGUUGAAAUACGGAGGGACUGAGGGAGUAGUUUAAUAAACCAUUAAACCCUCGUUCUUUCCUUGACAAACAAGAUUAAUGGACAUGAACUGUAUUAGAAUUGAGUUAUUGACCGUUUAACAAACUGGUUAUGAAAGAAGCCCUAGAGACUAGAGGCCUAGAGUUCGUCCCCACAACUCAAGAGGCUAGUGUCUGUCCCCACUUCCAUGGUGAUGGACUGAUGGUGGUGGACAAAUCUGCCACGCCAAUAAUGCUUAAGACCAAAAGGUGGGACCCACUUUUGCAGAUCAGACAACUCUACCUUUCUCUCUCUAUCCCCUUCUCUCAGUCCUCAGACUCCUCACCAACUGUUCAGACUCCCUAAAUAUAUCUUCACCACUUCCUCCUCCCCUUCUUCUUCUUCUUCAUCUUCCUCAUCUUUUUCUUGUGUGUUUUAUUUUCUUACACAGUUACACUGUUUUUGUGUGUUUUCCUAUGCAAAUUUUAUAAAUUAAAAUACUCAUUUUACUUCUAUAUUGGGAAGGUACCAUUUAUAACAAUUGCAUUAUUUUAGUAAGAAUGUUGGUUUUCUAGAUAAAAGCAUCCCUCCCGAAUCCUUUUUUUUGGUUUUCAAGGCAAUUUUCUAGAGAGAGAAACAAGUGUAGAGAGAGAACAGGAGGAGGAGAAGUAAUAAUCAUCAAAAGAUUGGUUAUUUAUUGCAAAAUUGUACUUUAUAGUUUCACCAACCUCACAACUUUGGUUAUAAUGGAGAAGCUCCAAGGUCCCAUUAAUCCCUGUCAGCAGUUGAUUACAGAAGAUUUUGAAGUUGGUAAUUGGUUAGAAGAGUUUAUAAGCAGCACAACAACAGGAAGCUUGAAAUUUGAAGAUCCAUAUAAUUAUUAUUCUGAAGAAACAUCAACUUAUAAUGGUGGUGAAUGUAAUCUUCCAAGUUUAGAGGAUAAAAUGCCCUUUUUACAAAUGCUUCAAACAGUCGAACAACAUCAUCAACAUCAACAACAACAACAACAACAGCAACAUCAACACUCAGUAAUAAUGCAGCAAUUCGAACCUGCAAACUUUCAGUUUCUCCUUCGACUUCAACAUCAACUAGUAGUCGAGAGUUGUGUAACGACUAAUCAAGAUAUUAAUGUUGGUAACAAUAAUCAUAAUGAUGGGGUUAUUACAGACUUAUUGCACUCCCCAGGUGUGAAAUCUGAGACUACUGAAGUUCAUCCAAAUGAACGAGUUAAAGAAGAAGACGAGAAAUGUGACAUUGGUAGAUCUAAUAAGAGAACACAUGUGUUAAAAACAACGGGUGUUACGAAAGAGAAAAGGAAGCGGAAAAGAUCAACGAGACCGGCUAAGAACAAAGAAGAAGUUGAGACUCAAAGAAUGACACACAUUGCUGUUGAGCGCAACCGCCGUCGACAGAUGAAUCAACAUCUUAAUGCCCUUCGUUCUCUCAUGCCUCCUUCCUAUGUUCAAAGGGGUGACCAGGCAUCAAUUAUAGGAGGAGCCAUAGAUUUUGUUAAGGAAUUGGAGCAGAUGCUUCAAUCUCUCCAAGCACAAAAAAGAAUGAAGCAAAUUGAAGAAAACGGUGACGUUUCAAUCAGCUCUACUACCUCCACAUCCUCCUCUUCUAAUGUGAAUCUAAGCAAUAUAUUCAUGGCAUCAUCUUCAUCAUCCUCAUUCCAUCAGUUAAGGAGUCCUCUUCAUUCCCAGGAAGAAGGGAAAGGGAAUGGGAAAGGGAAUGAAGAAUACAGUGCAGAAAAGAAGUCAGCUUUAGCUGAUAUUGAAGUUGUUGUAAUUCAAAAUCAUGUCAACUUGAAAAUACAAUGUCAAAGAAAACCUGGUCAACUCAUUCAAGCCAUUGUUGCCUUUGAAGAAUUGAGGCUCACUGUUCUUCAUCUCAACAUCACUUCCUUGCAUAGCCUUGUUCACUACUCUUUUAAUCUUAAGAUAGAAGAAGAUUGUAAACUAGGAUCAGCAGAUGAGGUAGCCAGGGCAGUGCAUCAAAUAUUCAGCUUGAUCAACCUCACCUAAAAUUAAGUCAACAUAAGAAUGUGAUUAAUUUGGAAUAGUUAGUUUAGAAGCAAAAUAAUGAUUAAUAUGGGAGUUCCUUUUUUUUUUUCCUGUAACUUUCUUUUUGGGAUUUAAUUAGAAUAAUAAUAUCUUCACUAAUUGUAUAUAGAAGGUUGAUUAGGAGGGACCCAUCUAAGAUUUGCAAAAAGGUUUGAUUUUUUUUUUUCUUUUUAAAUUCUAAUCUCAUGAUUACAAAGGGAAUGAUGUAUCUCUUUUUAUAUACUCCAUAUUGACUUUUGAGAGUUUUC